AUGGCGGCGCUGAGCGGCCUGGCGUCGGCGCUGGAGUCGUACCGCGGCCGCGACCGCCUGAUCCGGACGCUGGGGUACUGCUGCCAGCUGGUUGGCGGGGUCUUGGUGGGACAAGGCCCGGCCCGGGCAGACGUGGGGGCGCGCCUGCUGGCCGUGUCCUCCCAGCUCAGCGGCUGUCGGACCACCCUGCGCCUCUUCGACGACGCAGCCAUGCUCCUGUACACGCGGCAGUACGGCCUGGGGGCGGAGGAGGAGGACACCUUGGUGCGCUGUGUGUCUGUCCUGGGCAACCUGGCCGACCAGCUGUACUACCCCUGCGAGCACAUCGCCUGGGCUGCCGACGCCAGGAUCCUGCACGUGGACUCAGCGCGGUGGUGGGCGCUGAGCACGGCCUUGUGGGGCCUCUCGCUGCUCCUGGGCAUUGCCAGGUCCCUGUGGGUGGUCCUGAAGCUGAGACAGCAGCUGAGGAGCCCGGCGGCGGCCGUCAGCAGCCAGCGGCCCCGGAGCACGCGGGCGGCCGCGGAGGCCCGGAUCCAGUCGGAGCUCGUGACUGUCCUGAGCAACCUGGCCGACCUGGCCAACGCCGUGCACUGGCUGCCCCCAGGCUUCCUGUGGGCCGGCCGCUUCCCCCCGUGGCUGGUGGGCCUCCUGGGCACCAUUUCCUCCCUCCUCGGCGUGUUCCAGGCAGCCCGGGCCAGUGGCCGGGCUGGCAAGGCCGCCUCCUGA